CUCCAGGAUGGAAAACUGUUGCAAAAUUGAUUCUCAAUCCCAAACCUAAUGUUGAACAUAGUGAUGAUUUAAAAUAUAACAGCCCACAAUUUAAGUUCGGGACGAAGCAGAAGGAAUAUGUUCACAUUGAUUUUGGCAAUAAAUUAGGAUCUGUGAAAGAAGAUUUAAAAAUGUGGAGUAGCAUUGAUAAAAAUAUAGAAAAAGUAUAUGCUGAAGUUAAGCUUCAAAGGUUUUGCCAUUUCUUAAAGCUUUAUGAUAUAUACACAGUUCUUUUCCAACUGGCUAUAAAGGAACCACCAGACAGCAAUCAAAAGAUGAAUAUCAAACAAAAAAAAGAUUCUGGAAUUCCUCUUGGCAUUACUGCACCAUUCAGAUCCAUUCGUGGAUAG